UAACAGACCUCAAUGUGGCACAGCUACAGAGGAGAGACGGUGCAUGAAGAAAUGGAGAGCAGGCGGCUGAUCGUCCAACUGUCGGUUUUCGGGGUUUUGCUUGUACUGGCAGCGAAAGGGAUUGCAGAUGACAAGUCCGACUUAAACCGACUAGUAACGGAAUUUUACGAGUGGCGCCUGGCGGACAAUCCCGAGUUCGCUACACAGUCCGGAGACAGCCGAUAUGAUGAUCAGCUUGAAAAUUUGACGAUUGCGGACUUUGAAAUGAGAAAGACAAAAUGCCAAGACUAUUUAUUGCGUCUUGGAAAAAUUGAUCGCGCAAAGCUAGGCGAAAGUGAUCAACUGAACUAUGACGUCAUGAGGCGGUUUGUUCAAGCAUUGGUUGACGGAUAUGAAUGGCAUUUAUACAACUCUCUGAACCCAGUUAAUUUCCUGGAAGGGCCGCACAUCGAUCUGGAAUAUUUGGUCUCCUCCUUGCCGUUCAAGACGAAAAAGAAUUAUGAAAAUUAUCUGACUCGUCUGGAGCUUCUACCCAGUCGGUUGUCCCAGAUGGUGGCCCUUAUGAGGAAGGCUAUAGAGUUGGGAAGAACCAACCAUAGAGUGUCCAUGGACAAGAUCCCUGGCCAAAUAUCAGAAGGCAUCACAAACUUGUCAGCGGUAGAAACCUUUUUUUAUACACCGUUUAAAGACGCAUUAACAAACCUCUCCAUACCGGAAGACGAAAAAUCACAACUCAGAGCUCGCGGCCAGAAUGUCAUAGCAAACGGAAUUCAGCCAGCGUUUGCCAAUUUGUCCAUGUUUAUAGCUGACGAGUACCUUCCCAACACCAGGUCUGGGUACGGGGUCAGCAGCUAUGACCGAGGGUCAGACUAUUACAAGGCGUGUCUCAAGUGGCAUCUGACCACCGAUAUGACCCCUGAAGAAGUCCACGAAAAGGGGUGGAGCGAGAUUCGAAGGAUAUCUGCAGAGAUGAAUAAGAUUCUUGCGGAUCUAAAAUUUAGAGGCUCCAUCCGGGACUUUGUGAAUAGCCUGAAGACAGACCCUAGGUUUUUCUACAACACCUCGGACGAGCUUCUCGCUGAGUACAACGUGAUAACACGAGAGUUGAUUCCACAACAUCUACCUAAGGUGUUCAAGGACAUUCCAGUCAUUCCAUUUGAGAUCAGAGCAAUGACAAAUGAUGGCCCACUGGGUCAGUAUUACGACCCAGGGCAAAACAACAGCCGUCCAGGAGUGUUUGAGGUCAACCUAUACAACCCAAAAACGAAAUUAACGGUGGAAAUGGUGGCCCUCAGUUUGCACGAGGUCGAGCCGGGCCAUCAUUAUCAGGCCAGCGUCCAACUCACUGAACAUCUCCCCGACUACCGAAAGAACCUGGAGUAUUCCAAGUAUUAUGCCAUCCCAUUUAAUUUUCCUUUCCAAACCGCUUAUUCUGAGGGCUGGGCACUCUAUGCGGAAGCUUUGGGCGAAGAAAUGGGAGUCUAUAGAAACAACUACGAACUCUUUGGAAGGUAUUCCUCGGAAAUAUUCCGAGCCUGCCGUCUUGUCGCAGACACAGGACUCCAUUAUUUCAACUGGACGCGAGAGCACGCCAUAGAGCUGUUUGAAAAUUACACAGCCAAUUCCCUAGACGGCAUCAAGAUCGAGGUGGACAGAUACAUCACGUGGCCGGGCCAGGCAUGCGCAUACAAGAUAGGGGAGCUCAAGAUAAAAGACUUGAGGAAGAAGGCAUCGGAUGCGUUAGGCUCGAAUUUUGAUCUGAAAGAAUUCCACAACCGAAUCCUGAAAACCGGACCAGUGCCCCUGAGUAUACUGGAGACAGUUAUUGACAGAUACAUCAGGGAGAGCAGACCGACCAGCAGCGCCAGUACCACUUCAGUUGGGACUACAACGAUUGCCAUUUUAGUUCUGUGCCAUCUUUUCAAUCAGUUCGCCGCUCCAAAAGGUUAAUUUCCUCUACUAUCAUGUACUGAGUUCAAUAUUUAAACAAAUAAACAGUUUGAUAAGGUAUGUGUACUCGAGUCAGUCGCAAAUAGUGCGCAAAAGUAUCUUAUUACAGUCAUGUGGGGCACAGUCUGAGUGGAUUUUGUUGAACUUGGCAAUCAAUAGUGUU